UACAUAAAUUCUUUUAAAAAAAUCAAUGAAGACAAAAUUGACUGCAUUUAAUAAAAGGAAGCUACGACGACGAUGGGUGUGGUGUGGUCCUAGUAGUGAAUUAAUUAUUUUCUCAAUUAUUGUAAGAAGACAAAAAAAAAAAGAAAAAAAAAACAGAAUUCGACUAUUCACACUAUAGUCUUCUCUCCCCCAUCAUAUGAUGAGUGAUUCAUCAUAUUCUGCAACCUCAAACAAUCAUCCUCAAACAUAGCUCUAUCUUUUCAAAUUAAUCACCAAAAAUUUCAUACAUAGAUGUAUAUCAUCAGCCAAAGACUCCUCCUCAAAUUUAUUUAUUUCUUCAUCACCACCCAAUUGUAUUUCAUCCAAAAAUCGCAUGGAAACCAAAUCAACUGCACCCCUUCUUCAUGUGGCGAAAUUCGCAACAUUAGCUAUCCUUUCAGGCUCAAUACCGAUCCAAAACGCUGCGGUCAUCCCAAAUACGAACUUUCAUGCGAAAACAAUACAACUUCACUAUACCUCAACUCUCAAAAAUACCUCGUACAAUCGAUCAACUACGCCAACUACACUAUCCGCAUUACCGAUGCUUCCGUAGUCGAAAACGACACUUGCUCUUUCCCCAACUACUCUCUAUCGGGCUCAAAUUUUAGUGCCCGGGAUUCUUACGGAAUUAAAAAAUACUCGGGUCCGUGGUAUAUUUAUGGCAGAAAAAUCCCCGAUAUAACAUCCGCUAUUACUUUCAUGAGCUGUCCUAACGGCACGGUCAAUACCAUCAGUAAUAAUAUUAAUAAUUCAUCACUUGUUCUUUAUCAAAUUGAUGAAUAUGGUCGUAAUUGUGGGGACGGAAGAUUUAAGGGGCGUAGUACGUACGUAAAGUUCGGUGCGUGGAACGGUUCGUUCUUGAUGGAUUCGUGCAGAGUAGAUCUCAUGGUGAUGACUUCGUUGAAUAUGAAACGUAGCACGUUGUCUAGUCUCUCGCAAGUUCAUAGCUGUUUGACGUACGGGUUCGAACUUACGUGGUUCAGUGUGCUAUGUGGCGACGACUGUCUUAAUUGUUGGUUUAAUGGCGAUCGUGCUACGUGUUCUGAGGAAAAUUGGAUUUUUCGACUCAGAGUGCCAAUUCAGAUCUUCAGUAUUUUUCUCACUUAUCUAUUUCUACCCAAUCUAGCACUGAAGAUCGUAGUUGGAAUGCCAUGCGUGUUUGUGCUUCUGAUCUAUACAUUUCGGAGACGGCAUUUGUCGGUUUUCGAUGCAAUAGAAUGCUUUCUCCGAAGCAACAACAACCUCAAAACAAUUCGCUAUUCCUAUUCGGACAUGAAGAAAAUCACUAAAGGCUUUCGGGAAAAACUUGGCCAAGGAGGCUACGGUUCUGUUUACAAAGGAAAACUUCGAAGCGGCCAUGAUGUAGCGGUCAAAGUACUUGCCAAGCCUAGCUCAAAUGGGCAAGAUUUCAUCAAUGAAGUUGCCACAAUUGGAAGGAUCCAUCAUGUAAAUGUGGUCAAACUUGUCGGGUAUUGUGCAGAAAGAUCCAAACGCGCCCUUGUCUACGACUUUAUGCCUAAUGGUUCGCUCGAGAAGUACAUAUUUAAUAAGGAAAAAAGUCAUUCACUUAAUUUGAAGAGGAAGUACGAGAUUGCAAUUGGAGUGGCUCGUGGAAUUGAGUAUUUGCACAGAGGAUGCGACAUACAAAUCCUGCAUUUCGACAUAAAGCCUCACAACAUACUUCUUGACGAAAAUUUCACACCUAAAAUAUCCGAUUUUGGUCUGGCAAAGUUUUACUCAACAGAUAAUACUACAGUGACUCUCACUGCAGUUAGGGGAACAAUAGGCUAUGUGGCUCCUGAGCUAAUGAAUAGAAGCAUCGGGGGAGUGUCGUACAAGGCCGAUGUUUAUAGCUUUGGGAUGUUGUUGAUGGAAAUGUUGGGGCUUAACAAAGGGACGGGGCCUAAUAUUGAAAACAAAUCGAGCCAAUAUUUUCCGUGUUGGAUUUAUGACCACUUGAAUAAAGGCGAAGACAUUGAAAUUGGAAAUGUGUAUGAAAAUAAUGACGAUGAGGAAAAGGAAGACGAUGAUGAUGCGCGAAAAAUGAGGAGAAAGAUGACGAUAGUUGGAUUGUGGUGCAUACAGAUGAGUCCAGCCGAUCGCCCGUCAAUGAGUGAAGUUUUGAAAAUGUUAGAAGGUGAAGAUGAAAAUAUGAUGAUUCCUCCUCAACAUUCACAAUCAUCUGAGAUUCCAAGCUAUGAUGAUCAGACUUGGGGAACUGAAUCCGAAUCAACCGGUUCUGUAGCCUUCCUGCGUAAUGAUUCUUUAAGUUUUCAAUAAGAGUCAUAAAUAAAAAUAUGACAUUAGUAUGAUUGUGGUAUUUGCUAAUAUUAUCUUUGUUUUUUUUUUUUUUUUUGAGGAAACUAAUAUUAUCUUUGUUGAUAGUCCUUUAUUUUUGUAUAACUCAAAUUUUAUUUUCUCC